AUGCCCACCAUGAGAUAUUUCACGAUUUUGACGGGCUUGACCCUGUUCCUGCUCUCUGCAGCAGAAGAUCUGAGUCAACAUGUCGACGUGUUUAUGGGAUCCGAAGGAGGAGGAAACGACUUCCCUGGCGCCACAAGACCAUUCGGCAUGGUCAAGCUCGGCCCCGACCUCCUACAAUCAGGCACAGACGCAUACUCCGGCUACCUCCCCACCGGCGAAUUCUCCGGCUUCAGCAUGAUGCACGAGCAAGGCACCGGCGGCGCCCCCAAAUACGGCACCGUCUCGCAGCUGCCACUCGUCGGCAAUAUCAGUGAUCCGCUUUCGAACAUCACAGUUGCACGAGACGGGACUGAUCAAGGUUCCGUCGGGUACUACAAGGCGCAAACUGGGCAGGGCGUCGAGGUCGAAUUGAGUGCUUCGUCUCGUGCGGGUAUCUACCGGUAUAAUUACCCGAUUGGGUCGGUUACCAACGUGCUGAUUGAUGUCUCGCAUGUUCUGCCUUCGUUUCGGGGCCAGGGUCUUGGUCAGAACUAUAAGGGUGGGAAUUUGACCAUCUUUCAAGAUGGGCAUUAUGAGGGGCAGGGGACUUAUGAUAAUGGAUGGAAUGAGGCUCCUGACUGGACGAUCUACUUUUGUGGCCAUUUUGAUUCAACGGCAACGAGCAACAAGACAUAUACCGCAGCAGGCUCGGCCGGCAGUGUCGAGCAGCCCGAUGGCGAGGUAUCAUCUUCGUCCGGCUCUACACGAAUUGGCGGGCUCUUCACUUUCAGUGACACUGAAGUGAUUUCUCGUGUCGGUAUCUCUUGGAUCUCCACCGAGCAGGCGUGCGAUAAUGUGGACCGUGAGAUUCCCAAGGGUACGAAAUUCGCCUCUGUGGUCGACGAUGCCGUUUCCGAAUGGAACACCAAGGUCCUGUCGAAGAUCAAGACGACAAGUACCGACGAAACCAGCCUGAGUCUACUCUAUACAUCGCUCUAUUUCAUGCAUUUGAUCCCCACCAAUCAGACCGGUGAGAAUCCGGGCUGGAAAUCCAAUGAGCCCUACUACCAAGAUAUCUUUACUUUCUGGGACCUCUUCCGAUGCUCGACUGCCCUAAUGCAGGUCCUCCAGCCAACCGCCUAUGAGGAACAGAUCCGCUCCCUCAUCGACAUCUGGCGACACGAUGGCUAUCUUCCCGACGCCCGAUCCUCCAACUACAACGGCCGGACCCAGGGCGGAUCCAACGCCGACAACAUCCUCGCCGACGCCUACGUCAAGGGUGUCCGCGGCCAAGUUAACUGGCAAGACGGGUACAGGGCCAUGGUCGAAGACGCGGAAAUUACACCCGCCAAUUACCCUGUUGACCCAAUGGCAUCCGACUCCUCCACACACCAAGGCCGCGGCGCUCUGCCAGACUGGCUGAACCUGGGCUACAUCACACCGCGAUUUAGCCGGGCCGUUACACGGGCGGUUGAGUACGCCUGCAACGAUUUCGGUCUGUACCAGGUGGCGUCUGGACUGGGGAAGGAGGAUGAUGCGCGGAAGUACCUGAAUCGCUCGCGGAACUGGCGCAAUCAUUGGAAUCCGAAUCAGACGUCGCUGGGAUUCUCGGGGUUUGUGGUCCCCCGUAAUGCGGAUGGUUUCAUUGCGACGGAUCCCUUAAAGGAUGGUGGGUAUUGGGGGGAUCCGUACUACGAGGCUAGUUCCUGGGCAUAUUCGUGGAAUGAUGUGCAUGAUAUGAAGCAUCUCGUUGAAUUGAUGGGCGGUGCGGAGACGGUUGUCCAGCGUUUGGACACAGUAUUCAGCAAGGGGAUUUUUGACUCGACUAAUGAGCCGAUGUUCAACUUACCCUACCUGUACAACUACGUCGACCGACAGGAUCUCUCCGUCUCGCAGUCGCGCAAGGUCGCCAAGGGAGAUUAUCACACCGACCCAUCCGGGCUGCCAGGUAACAGCGAUGCCGGCGCCAUGCAGACCUGGUUGCUCUGGAACAUGAUCGGUCUGUAUCCGAUCACCGGGCAGACCACCUUCCUGAUCCACUCGCCGUGGUUCGAAUCAAUGACGAUCGAUCUGGGCGACGGCAAGAAGCUUGAGAUCACCUCGACAGGUGGCGACGGUAAUGGUGACAGCGACUAUUACGUGCAAAGUCUCAAGGUCAAUAGGAAGGCGUGGGCGCAGAACUGGUUGACGUGGGAGGACGUCUUUGCGGACGGCGGCACGCUGGAGUUUGAGUUGGGGCCGACCGCAGUCAAUUGGACGAGCGGUGCCUUGCCGCCGAGUCCCGCGUCGGAGUAG